AUAUCAUUAAAUAUGUUGAAAAUCAAGAAUUGCCUUUAAAAAGACAAGAACAACUAGAAGAUGGCAUGUGUCUUGCUUUUGUUUGUGCGGGUAUCUCAUUUAAUGUUGCCGGAAAUGAAAUUUUUCGUGCAUGGCUUCAAGAACUUCGACCAGGUUUUAAUAUACCUAGUCCUAAAACACUUGCGGGAAGGAUUUUUAACAAACAACUUAUUAAAGUAGAAGCGAAAAUGGAAAAUGAACUACAAGAUAAAAAAAAUAUUACACUUGCUCAUCGACUAAAUCUUAUUUGUAAAGAUAUUAUGAAGGAAUCUUUUUCAAAACGUAUCUUGUCUCAAGCAACAUUAGUUGCACAAUUUUUUAAAUCAUCUCAUAUAGCUAAUGCAACGCUUGAAAAUGAAAUUCAAAUUAACAAUAUUACAG